AACAAAAAAAUCCCCCAAUGAAUUUCACAGAUGACAAUGUCAGCAUGGAUAUUACUGCUUACUACGGGUGUGUCUGUCCUGGGACUGUCCUGGGGUCAGCGGACUGAACCCAUGUUUGCCUCGGUAACUCAGAGUGUUUUCCCGCCGGACUAUGAGAAUAACCCUACACAGCUCAACUAUGGCGUGGCUGUCACUGACGUGGAUGGAGACGGAGAUCUGGAGAUCUUUGUUUCAGGCUACAAUGGCCCAAAUCUGGUGUUGAAGUAUGACAGUUUUAAGAAGAGGCUUGUUAACAUUGCAGUUGACAACCGCAGUUCUCCAUACUAUGCACUCAGAGAUCGACAGGGCAAUGCCAUUGGAGUGACAGCAUGUGACAUAGAUGGUGAUGGCAGAGAGGAAAUUUACGUCCUUAACACUAAUAAUGCCUUCUCUGGGAGAACAACAUACACUGACAAGCUCUUUAAGUUUCGUAACAGCCGGUUUGAGGAUCUCCUGAAUGAUGACAUUAAUGAAAACCGAGAUGUUGCCAAUCGUGUGGCUGGUCGGAAGGCGUCCAGGAGGUAUCCAGAACAGAUACCCGAGCCACCUCAGCUGGCUCCUCUCAAUGUGGAGGAGCAGCGGCUCUACUCUGAACUCCUCCCGAGUGGCCGAGCUCCUCACCCUAUCUCUAAGGGACUGCCCAGCCACCCUAUGGAGAAAGCUUAUUUCGGCCCGCUACAGGUACAUCAACCGCCUCACUGCAAAAGCUGCACCUAUCUGCCUCUCAAUCUCCAUCUUUCCCUCACUCGUGAACAAGACCCCAAGAUACUUGAACUGCUCCACUUGAAGCAGGAGCUCUCCACCAACCUGAAGGGGACAUGCCACCCUUUUCUGGCUGAAAACCAUGGCCAGGGACUUGGAGGUACUGAUUCUCAUCCCAGCCGCUUCACACUCUGCUGCAAACUGUCCAAGCGCACGCUGAAGGUCCUGGCCCGAUGA